AGCCAACCCAAGGCCAUCUGCCCCCCGUCGACCCACCCAUUCCUCUCCUCUCCUUCUCUCUCCUCCUCGCCAUUUUUGAUCCCUGAACACAAGUAGAGUACCAUAAUUGGUUGAAGAAGUUGUCUAGACUCCUCCCCCACCUACGCUACUGUUCUUUACUCUUCCAGUCAUGUGAAACCCUAGCUCAGGUCUUGGACUAGCCUAGGGUUUUUGCUCCACUCACCUCCAAUUUCUUCCUAUCCCCGGCUCCAUUCCAUUCCCAUGGGAAACUGCUGCAGAUCUCCCGCCGCAGUCGCCAGAGAAGACGUCAAGUCCUCCAACUUCUCUGCCCACGAUCACGCCCGCAAGGACAAGUCCGGCCCCGGCGCCGGCAACAGCAAGAAGCCCAUCACUGUCUUAACUGAUUUAAAGAAGGAGAACGUCGAGGAGAAGUACUUGGUGGACAGGGAGUUAGGUCGUGGUGAGUUCGGAGUGACUUAUUUGUGCAUUGAUCGAGAUACCAGGGAGCUAUUGGCUUGCAAGUCCAUUUCCAAAAGGAAGCUUCGGACGGCCGUCGAUGUGGACGACGUCAGGCGAGAGGUGGCUAUAAUGAAGCAUCUGCCCAAGAAUUCCAGCAUUGUUACCUUGAAGGAGGCCUGUGAGGAUGACAAUGCCGUUCAUUUGGUCAUGGAGUUGUGCGAGGGUGGUGAGCUUUUUGACAGGAUUGUGGCCCGUGGACAUUACACCGAGCGAGCUGCCGCCGCGGUCACCAGGACAAUCGUCGAGGUCGUGCAACUCUGCCACAAGCAUGGAGUGAUCCACAGGGACUUGAAGCCAGAAAAUUUUCUGUUCGCCAAUAAAAAGGAAAAUUCGCCUCUCAAAGCAAUUGAUUUCGGUUUGUCGAUAUUCUUUAAGCCAGGUGAGAAGUUUUCUGAGAUUGUCGGCAGCCCGUAUUACAUGGCUCCAGAAGUGCUCAAGCGAAAUUAUGGGCCAGAAAUUGACAUAUGGAGCGCAGGAGUUAUCCUCUACAUAUUGUUGUGUGGGGUUCCUCCAUUUUGGGCUGAGUCUGAACAAGGUGUUGCCCAAGCUAUAUUACGUGGAUUAAUAGAUUUCAAACGAGAACCAUGGCCAAGUAUUUCAGAGAGUGCCAAGAGUCUUGUACGGCAAAUGUUGGAGCCAGAUCCUAAACUUCGACUUACUGCAAAGCAAGUUCUUGAACAUCCUUGGCUGCAAAAUGCAAAAAAGGCUCCAAAUGUACCUCUUGGAGAUGUUGUGAAGUCCAGGCUCAAGCAGUUCUCGCUGAUGAAUAGGUUCAAGAGAAAAGCUUUGAGGGUCAUUGCUGAUUUCUUGUCUACUGAAGAAGUUGAGGAUAUAAAGGAUAUGUUCAGAAAGAUAGACACUGACAAUGAUGGGAUUGUUUCUGUUGAAGAACUAAAAAUUGGACUUCAGAGUUCCAAUUCAAAGCUGGCUGAAUCUGAAAUACAGAUGCUUAUUGAAGCUGUAGAUACAAACGGCAAAGGAAGUUUGGAUUAUGGAGAAUUCCUUGCGGUUUCACUCCAUCUACAGAGGAUGGCUAACGAUGAACAUCUCCAUAAAGCUUUCUCAUAUUUUGACAAGGAUGGAAAUGGUUAUAUAGAGCCAGAUGAACUACGAAAUGCCCUAAUGGAGGAUGGAGUAGAUGAUUGUACAGAUGUAGCUAAUGAUAUAUUUCAGGAAGUUGACACAGACAAGGAUGGGCGAAUCAGCUUUGACGAAUUUGUGGCCAUGAUGAGAACUGGGACCGAUUGGAGGAAGGCUUCUAGGCAUUACUCGAGAGGGAGAUUCAACAGUCUGAGCAUAAAAUUGAUCAAGGAUGGUUCUCUUAACUUGGGAAGUGAAUAACGAAACACUUAGCUUCGAUGUCAUUCAGCUACACGGUAUCGAGUGAAUGCCCAUAUGUAUUUUACUUGAUGCAUUUUUCAUUGUUUGUGGGUUCCAUCUAAUUGGUGGCUUAUGAGGUUCAUACUAUGGUGGUAAACUCACCAGCCUCAUCGAAAACCGAGCAGGGAACUCAUAGUCUUUUGGCCUUUUGAGCUGCCAUGUAUGAUUCUACCCUCGCUUCUCUAUUAUGGUAUAGUGUUAUUUUUUGUCAGAUGUAAUUGUGAUCUCGGUGUUGUUAAUGCGGACAUCUGUUAGCAUCUCUUGAGCGUGUGGAUGGAACUCAUAUGUUUUAGGGAAUUUUUACUUUUGAAAAAGUUUGUCUUCUGUUGCAGAGAA